CGCUCCUUAAUAAAAUCCGAUAAACCCAAACCCCUACCAAAUAGUGGCAGUUUGUGAAGCACUGGAAAUUUAAUCAAGCCGAUGAUGGUGGAUGUUCAGGAACAGGAAGCCGAUGCCAGCCGUCCGCCAUGGCUCCAUCUGGUUUCCGCAUUUCUCGCCAUGGAACCAUCUCAUUCCUUACUUUCUCUCUCCAGGGAGUGUGGUGGAGGUGCAAUCACUGAGACUGUUCAGAACUUCAUUUCGGAACAAUGUAUUUCCCAAUCAGAGGGAAAAGGUCACACACCAUAUAUAAAGUCUUUCCUUAAGAAGCUUAUUCUUGAAAUUGAAUCUGCGAACGCUGUUGUUGUUGAUCAACUAUAUGAACAGUUUUCGUUUUACAUGGCUUCGUUGAAGGAUGGGGAUUUAGCAAAGGGAGACUCAAGGAUCAUAAGGAAAAUUUCAUUUCUUCAACCAACAGAUUAUAUUGAAGUCUGCCAUUUUCCAAGGAAAUUGAUUGUACCUCUUAAUUGCUCGCUUAACAUGCUUGAAGGAGAUACUGGCUGUGCUAUAUGGCCAUCAAGCCUGUUCUUGUCAGAGUUCAUCCUUUCAUGUCCUGAAUUAUUCUCAAUGAAGUCCUGUUUUGAGCAGCUUGGAUCAGGUGUUGGUUUGGUUGGCAUAUGCCUGACACAUGUUAAACCAUCAAAGGUUACUCUAAGUGACGGUGACCUAUCAACUUUAGCUAAUUUGAAGCUUAACUUGGAGUUAAAUCACAGAAGUACCAGAUUUGGUUCGAGCGAAAGUGUUGUCGAGGAUCCAUGCAAGGUCGAAUGCUUACAUCUACCCUGGGAAUCUGCCGUUGAAAGUGAUCUCCGAGACCUGAAGCCAGACAUAGUGUUGGGUGCUGAUGUGAUCUAUGAUCCACAAUGCAUUUCACAUUUGGUCCGUGUCAUUACCACUUUUUUGACUACAAAAAUGUCAAACCACUCCCAUAGAGAGGAAACAAAGGGGUCAAUAGUUUCCAAUGGUCGUGUAAAUGGUGAUAUCCCGAACAACAAAUACAAGGAGUUUCUUCUUGCAUCAAGGACACAACCCAUUGCAUAUAUUGCUUCUGUUAUUAGGAAUAUCGACACUUAUGAUUAUUUUCUUAUGGUUGCGCAACAGGCAAAUCUUGCAGUCUUGGAUAUCACUCAAAAUGUCAAGAUCUUUAAUUUUCUUCCUUACAUGCAAUCUUACCAAGGAUCCUCUGUAAAGCUACUUGGGAUUUACUCUUCGUCGGAUAAUUAGAUCAAGAAGACUAAACCAGUUGGCUGGUUUGUCGUCCGUGAGACAUGGUGUGUGUAUGGGUGAAUCAAGGUCCAGGUGCGAGUGACGUUGAGCACACUUAACUCACCCUUUCUUUUAGCUGAUUCCGAAUGUGUGACUGGUUUAGAGGCCGUCCUGUAUUAUCUUUAUGUUCUAAAUCCUAAUCUUAGGACAUUGCAAAAGUUCAUGUAGUUAGAUUACGGAUUUGUUUGCCUUUUUUGAGGUAGCAAUCUUUUUUUACCUUCCAACCCAUUAGGCCAUUAUCACAAAGACCUGUAGUAUAUUUUAUUGGUUAUAUAUUUUGGUGGUACGUG